GCAACACAUAACGCAGAACACGAGGCAGGAGAGUUUCACGCACAGCAGCGCAGUAGUAUAAUACUCCAGGCAUAGGAGCACGUGGGUUUUCUAGUAUAUCCGAGAAUCGUGCAUAGAUCAAACUACCGUUUAUUUAGCGAGAUUUUGGUUCAUUUUAAACAAUGGCGAUGAAAACUCUAAUUCUAUGCGCUGCGAUGGUCGUCGUAACCUUUGCUCAUCCAGCUAGUGACAAGACUGGAAGUGAGAACGAUCUCAUGGCAUCAAUUUACACCGAUUGCCUCAAAAAGGAAUCCAUGAGCUGCAUUAAAUAUAAAGUUUUCUCGUUCGUAGAUAAGAUUUUGGCGGAUAAAGAGGAUAUCAGUUUAAGUGAAGGUAUCACUGUCGUGAAGACAUCUAAUAUUGAAGAAGGUGCCCCAAGGUCAAUUGAGUCAAAUGAUUUUGAUGCACUAUUAUUUGAUCGUUUGGGAAGAUUCCUGCGAACUCAUUCUAUAAAAGUAGAUCUUAAAGGCACUGACAUACUUGGGGCUAUUGAAUCAACUAAUCGAAGUCUCGAAGAUAUCAAUGAGGGCUCUAUCGAAGGACGAGGCAAAAAAAAGAAGACACAGAAAAUAAUGGGGCCGAUUUUAAUGGCGAUAGCGUUUAAGGCCGCAGCCCUUUUACCUAUUGCCCUUGGCUUCAUUGCUUUAAUCGCAGGCAAAGCCCUGCUCGUCGGCAAAAUUGCCCUCGUUAUCUCGACGAUAAUCGGCCUGAAAAAGCUCCUUGGCGGCCAGCAGAAGCACGUGACAUACGAAGUUGUGUCGCACCCACAUCAUAGCGGUGGUCACGUUGCCAGCCAUGAUGAUGGUGGACACAGCGGUUACUCCGGCGGUGGAGGCGGUGGCAGCGACUUCAGCGGGUACAGUGGCGGUGGUGGAAGCUCCGGUGGACACGGAGGCUCAGGUUGGGCCAGAAGUCUUAUGGAGGCAAACGCUCAGGAGUUAGCUUACAGUGCACAAAAACCACAGGCUCAAGCACUUGUGCAGCAUUAAGAAACCUAAUAUUUUGUUCCUUUUGCUUCGCUCUCUUCACUAUCCCUCUUCGUUAACAAUCCCUGUAGCUCUCUCUUAUUCUCUAUUCAUCCCGUCCAUUUAAAUUAUUAUUUAUGAAUCAAGCUUAUUAUCUAGUUACGUUAAUAGUCAGACUCUAUUUUACUAACACUUUUUCCUUUUUUUUUUCCUUUUCUUGUGUGUUCUUGAUC